GUACAUAUCAGAGUUCGGAGGAAAAAUUACUAAUGAGCUAUUUUUAUAAUUGGAUUGGAUUAAAUAUUUGGUUCAAUUGAAUUGCAUUGAAUUUCUUGUCCACCUCUACUUUUGCCUUAGUUCAGUUCGGUCCGACCCGUCACAUUUUAUUCUGAAUCGGACCAAGCCCGACCCGGUUUAAGAGAUUGAGAAUAGAUUUUCAAAAAAUUCAAACUCCCACCUAAUUUCAUUCCUAUCCACUUUCAAAUAUUCAAAAUCCCAUAAACCUUAGAUCAAGGGCGGGAGCUUCAUCUUUCUGAGAUUCGACGCCAUUUUCGAUCCUCAACUCAGUUAUAAUCAUAAGGACAGAAAUGGCGGUUGAAGAGAGCCUAUUGACGAAGAAAAUCGCCAAAAUCCUCGACGAAGCCUCUGUAUCCAACGCGAACCACAACCGUAAACUCAAGGACCUCUCUUCCCUACGUUCUAAGACAACAACUUCAUCAUCAUCCUUCUUUGUUUCAUUCUCCGAAGCCCUAAUUCCUCUCUUCGCCUUCCAGAGGCGAUCGCCCUCAGCCGAGCGUGUUGUCCGCUUCGUCUCUGCCUUCGCAACCUACAGAGAUCCCAACCACAAUCUAGACUGCGAUGCCUUCUUGGAGGACUUUCUUAGGUUCCUCCUCGUUGCCAGUGCUGCUGCCAACAAGACACCCAGGUUCCGUGCUUGUCAGGUUUUUUCCGAGAUUAUCAUGAGGUUACCUGAUGAUGCAGAAGUAGCUAGCGAACUUUGGGAUGAGGUAAUAGAAUGCUUGAAGGUCCGGGUGGUGGACAAGGUUCCUUUGAUUCGUACUUACGCAGUUAGGGCUCUUUCUCGAUUUGCAAUUGAUUGUGAGAACAGUGAUGUUCUUGAUUUAUUUCUAGAGUUUCUUCCUCUCGAACAAAGUGCGGAGGUGCGUAAGACUAUUCUGCUAUCUCUACCUCCUUCUAAUGCUACUUCACAAGCAAUUAUUGAAUGUACGAUGGAUGUUAGUGAAUCAGUACGCAAAGCUGCAUACUAUGUUCUAGCUGAUAAAUUUCCUCUUCAAAGCCUCAGCAUCAAGCUCAGAACAGUUAUUCUUCAGAGAGGACUUGCAGAUCGUUCUACUGUUGUUGUAAAGGAGUGUAUUAGAAUGAUGACAGAUGAGUGGCUUAACAAAUGCUGCAAUGGAAACCCUGUACAGUUUCUCAAGUAUCUUGAUGUUGAAACAUAUGAAACGGUUGGCGAGUCUGUGAUGCAGGUGUUGUUAGAAGCUGGCUUAAUUCAAUUACAUGAUACAGAAAGUAUCCAACAAUACAUAUCAUCACACAAUGAAACUAGUACUGAAGAUGCCGAGAAUUCCACCUCAAACAUUGAAUUGAUGGAAGCUGAAGAUGCUCUUUAUUGGAAGAUGGUAUGUAGGCACUUGCAGAGAGAAGCGCAGGCCAAGGGUUCGGAUGCUGCUGCUACUAUGGGAACUGAAGCUGCAGUGUAUGCUGAGGAGGCUUCAAAGAACAAUGACCUUCUGGAGAGGAUUUUACCUGCAACUGUUUCUGACUACAUAAAACUAGUCAAAGCUCAUAUGAAUGCUGGACCCAUUUAUCGGUUUACAUCUAGACAGCUUGUAUUGCUUGGUGCUAUGCUUGAUUUUUCCGAUUCUGCAAACAGAAAGGUGGCUAGUGAAUUUUUGAUGGAGCUCUUGCACAAGCCUUUUGACAAUGAACAAGAUGAUGAUGGGAACAUUGUUGUCCUCGGAGAUGGAAUAAAUCUUGGAGGAGAUAGAGAUUGGGCUGAUGCAGUGUUUGAAUUGGCAAGGAAGGUUCAUUCAGCAAGUGGUGAAUUUGAAGAAGUUGUCCUUAGUGUUAUAGAAGAGCUAGCUCAGCCUUGCAGGGAGCGAACAGCGAAUUUUAUGCAGUGGAUGCACUCUCUUGCGGUGAUUGGCUUUCUCUUAGAGAAUACAAAAUCCUUGCGUUUGAUUCAAGGGAAAGCUAUUGAACCUACUGAAAUACUGCAAUCUAUAUUGCUUCCUGGGGCAAAACAUGUGCAUUUAGACGUCCAGAGGAUUUCCAUCAGGUGUAUUGCACUUUUCGGCUUGUUAGAGAAGAAGCCGAGUAAAGAAGUUGUAAGGCAGUUAAGACUUUCACUUGUUAAGGGCCCAACUCCAAUUAGCAUAAUGGCUAGUAAGGCAUUGAUUGAUCUUGGGAUGUGGCAUAAUCCUAAGGAAGUUGAUAGUGCUUUCGGACUGGAUCUCUUACCAAAUUGUCAAGAGAAUGAAGUUUCAUCAAGUCCGACGACAAUUUUCGAUGAUGAAGAAGGUAGCUUGAAUAUUAAACUACUCGAUCUCUUGUAUGCCGGACUUGUUAAAGAUGAUUGGGGUGAUUUUCUAGCAAGUGAUGAGAAUGAGUCAGUUCAGGGUGUUCUUGCAGAGGGCUUUGCAAAGAUUCUUCUUUUGAGUGAAAGCUAUCCAAGCAUUCCUACUUCUUUACAUCCCUUGCUAUUAACCAAGCUUAUUAGCUUGUAUUUCAGCAGUGAAACCAAAGAUUUGCAACGGUUGAAACAAUGUCUAUCAGUGUUUUUCGAGCAUUACCCUUCCCUCUCAGCUAAUCACAAGAAGUAUUUAUCCAAGGCCUUUGUUCCAGUCAUGCGCUCUAUGUGGCCAGGCAUUGAUGGAAACACUGCAGCUUCUCCCAUUGCAGUGUCUAAAAUGCGCAAGCGUGCUGUCCAAGCAUCGAGAUUCAUGUUGCAGAUGAUGCAGGCUCCUCUUUACGAAGAUAGUGUCGAACCUCCACUCGAGUGUGGCGAGGAAGGGCUCGCAAUACGCAUAGCAAUAGAGGUGGCAAACUUCCCCAAUAAAAAGACCUCUGCAGAAAGGGCAUAUAUAUCAGCUAUUUCUAAAAUACUUGUUCUUCUUCAUUUCCGCUCAUCUGAACAAGAUGCAAUUAAGUUAAUGAGGAGGAUUUUAGUUUCUGUUACGACAUCUGUAUCAACAACAGAGAGAGACCUUAUUAAGGAGUUAAAAAGAAUGGCUGAUCAUCUUAGUGAAGUUGAUAGAAAUGUGGAUGAUGAGCAACUCCCGGCACAAGACCAAGCUAAUCUUAUAUUGGAGAGGUUAGAAGUAGACUUCAAUUUGGAUCCCAGAGUUUCAGAUAAAACUAUUCAGUCACCAAUUCCUCGUUCAACUAAACCGAAACGAGGCAAGAGACAAGUGAGGCAGCAAGAGACAUCUUCUUCAUCAGAAGAAGAAGAAGAAGAAAGUUCACCUACCUCAAUUGUUCCAGUAAACAGGCAGUCUGUGAGGGCAAGUAAGACUGCGGCACUAUCGAAGAUUACUGCCAGUAGAGCCCCCAGGAUUGCUGAAGAUGAGAUUGCAGAGGAAGAAGAAUCUGAUGUGACAUCUGAUGAAUCCGAUCAGGUUAGUGAAUAAGCCAUUGGUAUAUCUGUAAUUGUGGUUCUGAUGUUGUUUUCAGAGACAGUCUUCUUCUAUUAUGGUUCAUUCAAGCAAGGAAUAGUGUUGUUUUCAGAGGUAAAUUCAUUGAGUUUGUUUGUUUUUUUUUACAAAGUAAUAACAUUCAUUUACUUUGAAAGCUUUUCGAUUAGCUCCUUUUUUUAACAUGGUGAUUUAUGAAAUCUGCAGGGGACAAAUGUUUGUUGCAUGAAGCUCGAAAUGAACUCAAGUAUGUAUUUCGUUCUGAUGCAGUAUUUUGCUUAAACACUUAUUUGAUGGUAAUGUUAUAAUCAAUCUUGCAAUGAAGUUCAAUUUCAUUAUAUAUAUAUAUAUUUUGUGUGUCACUUCAUCUCAACUUUGUUAUCUUUGUAUGUAUAAAUUCAUAUUGAUAUUUUGUGUACCAAAGUGUUUUGAUAAAUGAUUGUGGGAAUAACUUGUCUGAUUA